AUGAAGGACCGAUUGAUGGACCGGGAGACUACUACGGCGCAUUGGGCUGAGUGGAAGCUCGUCCGCAUGGGUACGCCGCCGGUUGGUUCGCGACGUCGGCGUGCCGCUAUACGUACCUCUGAGAACGUGCCCUUCGAGCAGCUGCCUUACCAAUGCUUCCAAGAGGCACGCAAGAUCCUGCAGGAGGACCGACAGGAGAAGAUCCAGGCUAUCGCAAAAGAGCUGGUUAAGAUUAAGAGGCUAGAGGAAACUCCGGCUGACCAAGUCCCCGGCGGCGAGUACAGGAAGAAUAGGCGUCUUGCCAGCUUGAAGAAGUGGGUAGAGAAGCUCAAAAUCCUAGCGGAUGUCAAUGACCCUGUCGUCAAGCGGAAAUUCGAGGACGGACUCGGUGACAUGGACAAGCCGAUUUACCGAUACUAUGCUGAGCGUAAAUGGCGUGGCUUGCCUUAUCGUAUCAUCACACAACGUAUCAAGCAGCUCAAUAUCGUUCCCGAUGUGCUACCCAAGUUUGAUCCCGUUGUAGAUGUUCAACUUUUCUUCCGACGAAUCAAGGUCACUCCCGGUGCUAUUCUUGAUUCCCGAAUUACGGAAGUCCCGCCGCGCUUGAAAGUUCAAGUCUUCAACCCUGGCGAGCGCCUCGUCUCAGUUGUAGUUAUGGACUCGGAUGUUCCCAACGCAGAGACGGACUCCUUUGACAGGCGGUGUCACUAUCUUGCGGCAAAUGUUCCUAUCUCUCCUAACCAGCCCUCUUUACCCCUAGGUAAGGUCAAUAAGGAGUCUCAACUUGCUGUACCGUGGCUCCCCGCCUUCUCUCAAAAGGGCGCGCCAUAUCACCGACUAUCUGUGUUUAUUCUAGAACAGAAGCCGGGGGAAAACAUAGACAUUGCUCAAUUGCGAGAGUUAUACUCUAGUCGGGAUGGAUUCAGUCUCAAGAGUUACCGAGACAAGUUUGGCCUCACGCCAGUUGGCUUCAACAUCUUCCGAACGAUCUGGGAUGAGGGUACUGCUGGCGUUAUGGAGAAGGCGGGUAUUCCGGGCGCCGAUGUCCAGUUCAAGUUCAAGAGGGUCUACUCUCUCAAGGAGGAGAAGAAACCGAGGGGAUGGGAAGCCAAGAGGCAGAAGCCCAAGUACAGAGGCUUAUGGAAAUACAGCAAGAGGAUCUAUGGUAUCGCUCAUGGCCGUCGAUAA